AUGUUUUGGGGGGUGCAGUUCCCCCAGAGCACGGGCGAAUCGGUGGAUGACUUCAUGGUCCGGGUUGUGGAGGCACGUGAUAUCAGCCCCCCCGGUUGCCUGACGCCGGAAGAACCUAUCGAUGUCAGCAUCUACAUAAACUUCGCUGGGCAGGAGGAG